UUACAAAUUACAAACUGACUCCUGCUUGUUGCGUUAUCAUUUUGCUGUAGUUCAUUUUGUAUUUUAUCCUGUUUUCUGUAUUGUGAGAUAUUCUAGUAAGCACGUCGAGUCGAGCUUUUAGUUUCUCUGGCAUACUGUCGGGUGCAGAAUGCACUGGGCUGUACAGUGUAAAUUGGUGUUUUAAGACUUUUCAAAAGAACGAUAUUUUGUGGUAUUUUUGUGAUUUCGUUCAUAAUGCCUAAACGAUGUGUGUUUGGUUGUUCACCUAGUGGAGACGGUCUUACUAGCAUCUUUUACAAAAUAUGAUUGCAUGCAGACAGAUGCCAGCCUUCAUUCAUUUCCAAACCCUAAAAGAUUCCAUCAGCAAUUUAAUUCUUGGGUUAAUCUUACUGGUGAUUUUGGAUUGACUAAUGAAGAGAUUUUCAAAAAGAAAAAAGUUUGUGAUGUUCAUUUCACCAACAGAGAUCGUAAUCGUAAUAACCGAUUAAAUGCUUUAGCCAUUCCAUCUCUUCAUUUGAAUGGCUUUCAUGGAAAACUUCCUUACCCUAGUGAAAUGGUCAGUCAGGAAAUGGAACUGAACACCCAAUUAGACGCAGGUUCUCCUGAACAUAAUAUUAUAACACUUUCAAACAUAUACCAGGACAAAGCUACCACCAGCUGCACCAUUGAAGACAUCAAUGUUAAGUCAUCCAUAUCAGGAAAAUUAGAAGUAUGUGUUGACAGCCUAGAGUCUGCAAUAAAUGCAAUAGAUGGAGGAGCUGAUGAAUUAGAAAUAUGCAGUUCUUUGAUGGAAGGUGGGCUCACCCCCUCUCCAGGGCUUGUAAAUAAAGUUAUUGAGGUGUUCAAAUUUAAUGGAAUAUGUAGUGAUGCUGAAGAUGGUCAUCAAACAGCAAAUCAGCAUGUACCAAAAUUAAACAUCAUGAUUCGUUGUCGAGGUGGUUCUGACUUUUGUUACAAUGGUAUGGAGAUACAGACAAUGCUUGCAGAUAUCAGAUAUUUUAAAGAAUUGCAAAUAAAUAGAUUUGUCUUUGGUGCGCUAACAGACAAUCAAGAAUUAGACAUACAAAAUUGUUCUCUUAUUGUAUUAGAAGCUUCUCCAAUCCCUGUAACUUUUCAUAGAGCUUUUGAUUUAUGUAACAAUCCUUUUGAAGCUAUGGAAAAAAUAAUACAGCUGGGUUUUGACAGGGUUCUGACGAGUGGCCAAAGAAUUACAGCUAUUGAUAAUGAUGCAGUUAAACUGAUCAAGGAACUGAAUGAAAAAUUUGGCACUGAAAUAGAAAUUAUGCCAGGAUCUGGUGUGAAUUUAGAAAAUGUUAGGAAAUUUAUUGAAAUAGGGUGCAAAAUCGUGCAUAGUUCUUGUAAAGUUAAGAAAAAUAUUGUUGAAGUUAAAAGAGAUCUUUGUAUGGGAUGUAGCAGUGUAUAUGUGACUGAUAAAAUAAUAGUGAAGUCUAUGGUGGAGAUAAUUAAUAAAUAAA